UCUGUGUGUUUUUCAUAUCUGUGAACCACAGAAGGAUUGACAGUUUCUUAGAGCACAUACAUUUCUCUGCUCCAGGCUUCAUCAGAUGCUGCCUUCAUUUCGAGGCCUGAAGUCAUCUGAUGUUUAUCUGAUUUCACUCUCACAAAUACACCUCACAGGAUAGGAUAGGAGUGAGUUUUCUGUUAAACUCAGUCAAAAAGGAGCCAAACGAAUGAUCUGCAGCCAUUGACGAGAAACAACUGGUAAAACAGCUUGCCAGAGAAAUAUGAGCCUGCAGUUCUGCUGAUCAGACGUAUCAUGGGCAGCAGGCCAAGUAAAGGCAGGCGUAGCAGCGUACAUCACACACCCCUGGAUGAGUCCACUGAGCCCCACACCAUGGAUGUCAGGUAUGUAGUGGUUGCUCUGUAUAACUACCCAUCAGGAAGUCCCUCUGACUACAGUAUCAAAUUCGGCGAGAGGCUCAACGUACUUUCUGAUGAAGGCGAGUGGUGGAAAGUGUGUUCUUCAGCUACAGGAUUUGUGAGCUACAUCCCCAGCAACUACACAUGUAAAGUGUUUAACAGGUGGCAGUUUGUAGGUCUCAGCAAACAGAAGGCAGAGGAGCUGCUUCGUCACUCACACAAUUAUCCUGGUUCCUUUCUCAUUAGAGAGAGCCAGACCAUACUUGGUGCUCACACACUCUCAGUGCGAUUUGAAAACGAAGUUAUCAAACACUACCGUAUCCACAGCAUAGAGAACGGCUGGCACUACAUCUCUCCCCGCCUCACCUUCCCCAGUCUCACACAUCUCGUCGAGCACUACUCUGUCUCUGAUGGCCUCUGCUGUAUAUUGAAAGAGCCAUGCUUCAUUCACGGCUCCAACAACGUUCCAGUUGUAAGCGGCCCUCCUCCUGUAGCCGUCAGAAAACCCACCAUCAACUGGAAAGAUGUUAAUAGCUCUAUGAUCUUUGGGCCCAAAAAGGAAGGUAUGGACGAGUCGCUUGUCAGUGAGGGUCUAAAGGAGUCCAUUAAUUCCUACCUUUACAUGACGGAAAAUAGUGAAUGCGAGGCAUGUUCUGGAAACUGGGACACGUGAUCUUACAGGACACUAGAGGGAAAGGAGAAGAGUUAAGGUCGAGUAAAGUGAUGGACAGACUUUACUGUAUCUCAGUUCCUGCUGAGCUUUGCACUGACACACACACACACACACACUCAUCACGGGGCAAAAAGGGCCUGGACAUGGAUAGUACACAAGCGCAGAGAAAAGAGAGCUCGGUUCAAUAGUAGUGCAAAACAUCUGGAAAGGAAGUGGCAGCAUUUUCCUGCAGUCCAGAUUCUCUCUCAAGUCAUCGCACUUCUUCCAGUGUGGGUGAUGGAGAUUUUAGCGUCACCGAUUUCUGUGUGGACUUUUUUCCUGAAGAUGUGAAUAAAGAGCGAAACAGAGAUACGAAAACAGUGGGAGUCUGAAAGCAGCGUGUGCAGAUGUUUGUGCUGCUCAAACACUUCUGGAACUUUUGAUGCGGACUAGACAGAAAGGUGAGGCCAUGACGGGAAACUCGACACCUUUAUUACCUGCGGGUUUUUGUGUUUUUUUUUUUUUUUUUAAAAAUCCUUGUCAGAAUUGAAUUAAUGUUUUUAAUCAGUUCUGAGUACAGGUACAUCUGUAAAUUCACUAUGUACAGACUUUGUACAGAUUGCUGAUUGUGUUACAACACUGCACUCACGUGUUACUUAAUGCUGCUUAAUGAAAAGCUUAAGAAAAAAAAAAACAUGUCCUGUCUCUUCACUCGGCAUAAUAUCAUUCAGCUAGAAGAAAGAAGAAGGAGGAGGAGAAGAAGAAGAAAAACAUCAGUCUGCUUCA